GACAUUGACAAGUUUUGUGGUGAAAAUAUAAUAUAACCUAAAAAUUCCUUAGCCUUAGCCCUCUCUGUAUUAUUUUAUUUGUUUCCCAUCAAUUUAUCUAAAAGUGCUUUUUUAUUUCUGGUUAAUAACUCUUCGGUUUUACGCUUAAGACAAGAUGAAUUUGUGUGUGAGGAGUUAUUUGAAACCUAAUUUUAUUAACUCCUUUUUUCGACUCUCAACAUCAGUAUCUGAAAUUGGGGAAGCAAGCGAGCAAGUUAUAUUUGAAGACGCUGACGAUACACAAGCUAAAGAGGCUGAGCUUGAGAAAAAGCGCAACAAAUCAAGACUUUCUUCAGCUCACUUCAAUUUAACCCAUGGUAGAAGACCUUAUGAAACACCUAUGUGCUUGGCUCACAAAACAGUCAAAUACAAUAGAAAAUUGUAUGGAAAAUAUGGGAGUGCUAGUGGAAUAAACCCGAGUUUAUGUUGGCCAUCUAAACAAGAUAUACAAGAGAAACUUGAAUAUGAGAGUGUGGCAUUUCCCUACACCAUUCAGCAGAUGAUGCAGAUGGCUGCCGAGAAGAGAAAAGCGCAGCAGUUAAAGAUAGAAACAAGGGAGAAAGAAGUGGCUGCUAAAUUUGAUAAACUUGCUCAGUGGAAGAAGGAAUUAAAAGACAAAAUUAACAAGAAAACAGCUGAUGCUCAGGCUGCUAAGGACAAAAGAGAGCGUCUGGUGGAAGAGGUGCGACGCCACUUCGGCUUCAAGUUGGACCCUCGUGAUGAGAGGUUCCAAGAAAUGCUGGCCAAGAGGGAGAAAGAACAGAAGAAACUUGAGAAGCUUGCCAAGAAGGAAGCCAAAGAGAAGAUGAUGAUAGCCAAGCUACAACAGCAGAAUGCUGAGCUGAAGUAGAACUGCAAUAUUAGUAAGUUAAUUUAACUGUAAAAUACCUAGUUAGCUGUAGACUUAAAUAUACUGUUUGAAAUGGUUAA